UUGACGGGCGAUCACGGGUGCGAGCGAUCGAGGGGUUUCAUUCGGACCAUUUGCUAACACAAGUCUCCUCUAGCUGCUAGGCACUGCUAGCUGAAUAUGGCGGGACAUAAAGGCCACUUCGACGUCGUUGUCGUUGGCUCUUGUAUGACUGAUUUAGUCAGCUACGUUCCGCGUCUUCCCAAAGCUGGCGAAACCAUUCACGGAUCAAAGUUUAGUAUGGGCUUCGGCGGUAAAGGAGCCAACCAGUGUGUGAUGGCUUCAAGGCUAGGGGCAAAGUCUGCAAUGGUAGCUAAGGUUGGAGAUGACUCAUUUGGACACAGUACUAUAGAGAACUUCAAACAAAACAAAGUGAAUGUUGAUCAUGUCACCUUAACCAAGAAAGCAUUUACUGGUGUAGCUCCAAUUUCAGUUAACAAUGGAGGUGAAAAUUCUAUAACAAUAGUAAGUGGAGCAAAUGAGUACCUUGAUGAAGAUGAUAUCAAGCGAGCAAGAUCCAUGAUUGUGUCGGCAUCAGUCGUUGUUUGUCAACUAGAAAUUCAACCAGAUAUUACUCAACUUGCUUUGGCUCUUGCAAGGAAUGCUAAUGUCACCACUGUAUUCAAUCCUGCCCCGGCGUCAGCGUGGCUAGACACUCAGUUCUACAGACUUAGUGAUGUAUUUUGUGCAAAUGAGAGUGAGGCUGAACUAUUAACUGGCCUGCCAGUCAAAUCAAUAGAUGACGCUGAGAAAGCAGUGGUGAUGUUGUUAGAGCGUGGAGCAGGAAGGGUGAUCAUCACUUUAGGUGCUAAAGGGUCUGUUAUUGGAUCCCAGCAAAACCCCAUGCCUCUUCACAUCCCGGUGACACCAUCAGAAGCAGUGGAUACAACGGGAGCUGGAGAUGCGUUUAUUGGGGCAUUGGCAUUUUACCUGGCCAAGUUCAAAAACUUAUCGUUCAAGGAAAUGGUCAUACGUGCUAGCGAAGUCGCCAGAAUGACAGUUUUCAAAGAAGGAACCCAGACGAGUUUUCCGUUCAAAGAGACCAUUCCCUCGUCAUUUUUCGCCCAAUCUUCCAGUGGAGACCGGAAAACCAUUAGAUGAAGGCAAACGCACAAUAGGUUGCCUCAGGAAUCAUGAAGUCGAUCGAUUGAGGUUGUUCUCUAGAAGCAUUAGCAAGACCGCAUGAAUUGGACUUGCUUUAAAAAAGGUAGACCCUCUAUUUUCAAAUCAUAGUGAAUUUUGGAAUGUCGUAUUCAAUUUUAAAUCUUAUCCACUGAGAGCUAGAGAUCGCUGAGCGAUUGAAGACUUUCUGGAUGAAAAGAAAAAGCGACUCACAACUUAAUUAUUUUUAUCGAGAAACCAAAGACAGUCACCAAGUCAAAUGUGAUGUAUUUAUUUUAGGUAACGAAUUGAUGAUGAAAUCCAGAGUCGCACGCCAUAAAAAUGACAGAAACAAAUAUAAGCAUCUAUUUCGUUGCCGUGCUUAAUUCGUCGCAUUUCUCCUGAACAUUAAAGGGGCAGUGUCAUGGUCUAUUAUCAUAAUUAUGUUAUAUUGACAUGAGUACCAGAAACUAUUCCUCGGCUUCAAGUUUCAGAAAUUUGAGCAAAUAAAUGAGUUUUUAACUCCACAUAACGACAUUGAAAACAUUUUAGCUUUCAUAUUAUGUACUCUUUUUUGUGAAUUUCAAAAUGAGAGGUAGCCAGUGUAGCUGUCAGUUUUGUUGUUCCGAGCAAACAAAACUGCUCCAAGACCCAACAAAACCGCCACCUCACAGGAUAGCUUGCCAGCAUUACCAUACUGCAGUAAGCCGUGUGAGGCCACGGUAUCAGUUCUGGGUUCUGUUUUCACGAGGCCUGAGCUCACCCUCGGCCACGAGGACCAUGGCACCUCCCCUUUAAAGUGUUUAAUAGGGUUCCGGUAUAACCUAAAAUCAUGCAUUUUAUGAGGCAGCGUGACAACACUGUACAAACUGCUCGUUUUAUUCGUUUUAUAUUGUUAUAAUUUGUGAAUUACGCUUCACAGUACACUUUAGAUUGAAGCACUCACAAACCUUUUGUCAGCCUUGCUUUGCAUGGGAUGAUAUAGACACAACAUUUUUUGCAAACAAUUUAAAAUCUCAAUUUCUGUAUUAUUAUAGCAUAGCAUAUAUAAAUAUAUAAAUAUAUAUAUAUUCAUUGGGUCACUCGACCAUUAUUGAAUGACAGGAGGAAGACAGACGUAUUCCAGGUGAUUGGAAUUUUGUGGAAUUUAGGCGCGAGAGCGAGGCUUUGGUACGGUGACGUUUGUUAACAUCUGCCUUUCAACUGUGUUCAACCCUGCCAUAGCCUCGGUCUCGCGUUCAAAUACAACAGGACCCCCAUUCUCUGAAAAGCCGUCAAUUGGCAGGUCCUCUGUAGUUGGAAGCAUUUUCAUGUACGGUUUAUUAUAAAUAGUUGCUUUUACUGUGUUAUUUUAGGUCUUAUUAUUGUAUAUUUGAAUUGUCAGGUGGAAUGAGCUUGUAUAUAAGUGUAGUAGGGAUUUAUGACAUAUUCUUGUGUGUACGGCUCUCAUUAGUAAAAUCGAUUCGCUCAAGUGUGAA